AUGGGCAUUAUCUCAAAUAUUGAACCCAACUCCCGGGAGGAGAUUCAGCUUGAUACCAAUGGAUGGGCCCCAGAGGUCGCAGUUUCUGGCAGUUUGGGGUUCCUCCUAUCCAUCUAUCUACGGACACCAACACCCUCAUUCCAUGUAUGCACCAGUACAUCUGAGCAAAUAUGGGAUGCCAGCAUUGUAGUCGAUCCAGAUUACAGUGCGCAUGACUUUCUCGAGAGUAUUGGGAAAUCUUAUCAGCAGAACAUAGCAUCCCCAGUCAUAUUGCAGACCUUCUGGCUGCGCACAGACAACUUCGAGAACUGGGCAGCUUCCAAUGAGGGGGCUUCUGAUCCACGAAGUUGUGCUAUCCCACGUCAGAUCGUCUGCAAGGUCAAAGAGACACGAGCAUCGCGUUCGCUGGACCUGGAGAUCAGCGGAGAGAGCUCUUCCGCCAAUGCAAGAUUUCUCAGUCAACUGGUACACGUCACCAGACAAUUGCUGGAGACCACCAGUUGCGGACGGACGCUGCGGGACCUCGACUUAAUCUGUGAUCUAGACCGACAAGACCUGCAGCGAUGGAACCAGAAGCCUCCUUCAACUAUCGCGUCCACAGUCCACGGGACGUUUAGACAGAGAGUACUUGAGAGCCCGGGGUCACAUGCUGUGGAGUCUUGGGAUGGCGGGCUCACAUACCUGGAGCUAGAUACCCUCUCCUCGCGUGUGUGCUCACUACUGCUUGAGGCAGGAGCCCGGCAAGGCGAUUGCAUCCCUCUCUGCUUCGAAAAGACACUCUGGACCGUUGUGGCGAUGUUGGGCGUCCUGAAGAGUGGCUGUUCCUUUCUGCUCAUGGAUGUCUCCCACCCCACAAGUCGACUGCAGACGCUCUCUAAGGAAACCAAGGCCACCAUUGUCCUCAGCUCCACUGCUCAGCAAGAUAGAGCGGUCAGCCUGGCACCCCGAGCCAUUGUUGUGUCCGCUUCCUCAUUGUCGGCUCCUGCAGGAAACGAGCAACAUGAGAUUGAAGUUAGUCCCUCCGAUGUAGCGGCUGUCAUCUUUACAUCAGGGACUACGGGCACGCCGAAAGGUAUUCAGCUUGAACAUAAAUCGAUGUGCUCCAGUCUUUCAGCUUUGGCAAAGCUAUGGAGCAUAAACAGGCAAACUCGAUAUUUCCAGUUCUCGUCUUACGCAUUCGAUGCCGCGUUCGGAGAGAUCCUCAUGACGUUGAUGCAUGGAGGUUGCAUCUGCAUUCCAUCCGAUGCAGAUCGUUUGGAAAAGUUGGCAGAAUCGAUACGCAAGUUCAAUGCCAAUGCGGUCCUUCUCACACCUACCGUUGUGCGAUUACUAUCACCAUCAGACGUGCCGUGUCUGACAACCCUCAUUGCUGGCGGAGAGAAGGUCACGCAAGAUAUCGUGGGAUUGUGGUCAGAUAAACUAGAUUUGAUCAUAGUCUAUGGCCCUGCAGAAACUACAAUAGCAUGCGUCGGAGUGAAGACCCGUCCUGCGGGUGAUGAUGCUGUUCGGAUUGGGUUUCCUAUCAACAGUCGUGCUUGGGUAGCGCGCCUAGAUGAUCCGAAUCAGCUUGCUCCCAUAGGAGCUAUCGGAGAACUGGUGGCGGAAGGUCCGGGGAUCGCACGGGGUUAUAUCAAUAAUGAAUCUGGAAAUGCAGAGUUAUUCCUCGACUCUCCGCCGUGGGCAAAAGAGUGGGAGUCGAGCGUGGCCUCAAUGGGACGGAGUUAUCGAACUGGUGACCUGGUUCGAUACGCCGACGAUGGCGAACUUAUUUUCGUCGGUCGACGUGACCGCCAGGUUAAACUUCGUGGCCAAAGGAUUGAACUUGAGGACAUCGAGAUUAAACUGAAACAGCACCUUCGACUCCCCGACGCAAACAUAUUCUUGGAAGUCCUUGAUAUACACGGCACUGCAAAUUUGGUGGCUUUUCUUCAUCACCCCAGUAUCCACCACAUACAAGAUGUUGAUGGAGACACCGCGCAAAUGACUGAAGAGAUGGAGCUGGAGAUUGAAGGGCUUCGUGCACGCAUUUCAGAAGUGCUUCCCGCCUACAUGUGGCCCGUCGCAUGGAUCCCCCUAAAGGAAGUUCCCCUGGGACCCACAGGGAAGCUGGACCGGCGCAGCCUCCUGGGCCUGGGGAAGGAUUUCUACUCCAAACUGCAAACGGGUGAUGAAGAAGACAAAGGCCUGUCGCCCACCGAAUCAGUCUUGGCCCGGAUGUGGAGACAACUUCUUCCAUCUGCUCAGAGUCUCACGCCAGACGCCAAUUUCUUCCAACUCGGUGGGGACUCACUUCGAUGUAUGAAACUGGUGGCGGUAGCCAAUCAGGAAGGUUUUCAUUUGACUAUGGAGAAGGUCUUCAAAAACCCAACACUAUCAGGCAUGGCCACCACGAUGCAGGAAGUUCCAGCUGCUGAUGAGUCUCACCCAAGUGUUGCCCCAGCCUCACAUUCACUUACACAGGAAGAUCCUUCUGAGUACCGAUCCUUGUUGAAAGAAUACGGCCUUGAUCAAAAGGAUAUCGCGGGUAUCUUCCCUUGCACAGCUCUCCAAGCAGGGUUGUUUUCGCUUUCGCUAGCGCUACCCUCCUUAUAUUCGAGCCAGUUUGUAUUCGAUUCCUUGGCUGAUGUGGACAUCCAAAAGUUCAAGACAGCAUGGGAGAGUGCAACCUCUGCCUACCCAAUCCUGAGGACAGCAAUUGUACCAUCUUCUUCCAGCCUCGUGCAAGUGGUCCUAAAAUAUCACGCGAAUUGGACUGAGGUCACGCAAGAUCUUGCAUCAUUCUUGGCUGCAGACAAAGAGGUUUCUUUUCAGCCUGGUCAGCCUCUCAGCAGGCUUUACCACGUCCAGGACCCAUCAUCCGGUCAGACUCGCUUUGUUUGGACGCUUCACCACGCAAUAUUCGAUGGUUGGAGCUUGGAGACAGUGGUCGAUCAUAUUCGCCAUAAUUAUUACUCCCACACAGAGCCUGUAAAGGCAACAGGAAGCUUCCAAGAAUUUGUGCAGUUCUGCGAGGGCCUGGACCAAUUGGAAUGUACUUCAUUCUGGAGAGAGCAGCUCAAGAAUGCACCAACCCCAUCAUUUCCCAAUUUCCCGAAGGCCGGGCAUCUGGCAGCAGACAGAUCUUGUUUGCAGCACACCAUGGCAGCCCCAACAGGAGCCACCACAACUACUACGGUUCUGGCCAGAGCAUCGUGGGCUCUACUUCUUUCCGAGUACGAGGGCUCGGACGACGUCACAUUCGGGAAUUCCCUUCAUGGACGCAAUUCCCUGCCUCCCAAGCUGCAGGAAGUUGUUGGGCCCACCAUCACAACUUUGCCGAUUAGGGUGAGAAUUGACCUCACUCAAACUGUUCUCGGCUUCUUAGAUGGCCUGCAAGAGCAGCUCUCGGCCAUGAUUCCUUAUGAACAAUUUGGCCUCUCCCGGAUCCUGGGCAUAAGUCAAGAUGUUCAAAACGCCGCCUCGUUCCGUACCCUCUUGAUUGUCCAAGUCGCGGAUACCAAAUCCUUGGAGGAACAAGGUAUCAGGCUGAACGAAGUCGAGAGAUCUAUACAUGAAUACCCAUUGGUACUUACUCUUAUGCCUGGGAACUCUCAGAUUGAAAUAGUCGCGACGUUCGAUAGCGAUGUCAUCUCGCCGCCGCAAGUCCAAAGAAUUGUUGAACAAUUCGAGCAGACAUUCCAUGAACUCAGCACAGUGUCUAGAGGCACCAAAGUUGGCGAACUGGAUCUGGUAAGCAAGGCAGACAAGUCAACCAUGUUUGGGUGGAACGCUAGGCAUCAUAUGGCUUACGAGGUUUGCGUUCAUGAGUUGAUCCGAGAGCGAGUAAGACACUCCCGAACUUCGCCGGCAAUCUAUUCUAGAGACGGCACCAUGGAUUACGCGACCUUGGAUAAGCUGUCUGACGGCUUAGCGGGAGAGAUGGUGCGAUACGGUGUGAAAUCAGGCAACACUGUGGGUGUUCUUUUCGAGAAGUCUCAAUGGGCGAUAGUGAGUAUUCUUGCCGUCAUCAAAGCAGGCGCCGCCUUCGCGCCACUGUCACCGGCGUAUCCGCGGGCACGUCUUGAAGGCAUUGCCAGCGAUGCCGGUAUCAAAGUCGUUCUCUGCUCUCCACUACAAGAGGAAGCCUUUCCCGGUCCAGCUUGGCGGACUAUUGUUGUUUCUGACGACACGGCUUAUACUUUCACACCCGCUGCGCAGGUCGAUAGCAAGGUUGCGACCCCGGACAGCCUGCUUUACAUCCUUUCAACAUCAGGGACUACGGGGACCCCCAAAAUCUUUGGAGUACAACACAAGAGCUUUGCCACUGGUGCUAUAGCUCGUGCGCCUUUGCUCAGACGUGGGCCUGACUCUCGCGUGUUGCAAUUCGCACCAUACGCCUUCGACCCGAGUGUCGAGGAUAUAUUGACCACCCUCAUGUUCGGCGGCUGUAUUUGUGUACCAUCAGAUGAGGAUAUCAUGGGUGAUAUCAGUGCGUUUAUGAAAACCGCACGAGUCAACUUUGCCAACAUCACUCCCUCGGUGGCCUAUACAUUGAAGCAGGAUGAAUUACCGGAUUUCAAGAUACUGCUGCUAUCCGGAGAAGCUCCUGACCAAGCUCUAGUGGACAAAUGGGACGGCAUCGUACAAGUCAUGAAUGGAUACGGGCCGAGCGAGUGUUCCGUCAAGUGCGCUAUCAACUGCAACCUAUCACGUAAUGACCCUAGGAACAUUGGCCACAGUGCCGGAACCAGCCUAUGGGUUGUGAGGCCCGGGAACCACGACCGCCUUACUCCUCUUGGGGCAGUGGGGGAACUUGUCAUCGAGAGUCCACACCUUGCAACCGGUUAUAUGAACCGCCCCAAAGCUAAUGGGGAGAAGUUUAUUCUCAGUCCACCGUGGUUGCGAGACUUCCGAGACGGCCACAUCACGCGCAUGUACAAGACGGGCGAUCUGGUCAGGUACAUGGAAGACGGCAGCAUCUUGUACAUCGGGCGUGGGGAUAUGCAACUGAAACUACAUGGUCAGCGGCUGGAGGGAGAGGAGGUGCGGCAACGCAUUCAGGAAUCCCUCUUCGACGCGCAGCUUCAAGUGAUUGUCGAUAUCGCAAGAUUUGCGGGUCAGGAUUCCGACGUUCUCGUCGCUUACCUGGCUCAGAAAGGAGAGCACCGGGGAGGUGAAAUGGACAUCGAUCACGUCCUACAACGGCACCUGGCGGAUAUGAAGGAACACAUAAUUCGCCAAAUCAGCACUGCUCUACCAAAAUACAUGAUACCCUCCGUAUUUCUGGCUGUGACGAAUAUCCCUGUCACAGCGAAUGGUAAGGCGGACCGCCGCGCACUCAAGGCUUACAUUGCGCGACAGCGUCUUGGACCUCACCUACUUCUUUCUGGAGAAAGUACAGUACAGCCACCUGCUUCGGAAACAGAGAAGCUGCUACAUAGUUUGUGGAAAAUGCUUCUUGGAUUGAACGGCGAGCAAUUCGGAGCCAAUUCCAACUUCUUCGAGCUUGGUGGCAGUUCUUUGGCGGCAAUCAAGCUGGCGUCUGCGGCACGAGAUCUCGGGCACAAUCUCUCAGCACAGAUAAUAUUCAAAAAUCCUGUCUUGUCCGCCAUGGCUGCUCACAUGGUACCUCUGGAUGAGACAAGGACAUCGGGCCCAUCCAGGUUCGGCCUACUAGGUAAAAUUGAUCGCAGUGUCCACCAACUGUGGAAAAGCCUUGCGGCUCACAACAUCGAAGAACAAGCUAUUGAAGAUGCAUAUCCUCUCACGAGACAACAGCAACGUUACAUGGAAGGGGAGAUGAUCUCGCCAGGAGGUACUACUCACCGGCACAUCAUGCAACUACCGUCCAACAUAGACUUAGUCAGACUUGAGACUGCUUUGCGGCGUGUUGUGCAGGCGAACGCACUUUUGCGGACUCGAAUCAUCUCGGUAUCAUCGAAAUUCGUCCAGGUUGUGCUGAAAGAAGACUUUACUUGUCGCCACGCUGAGGCCCUCUCGUCUCUUGUCUCUGAAGAUCGAAAGGUAUCGUGGAGUCUUGGACAACCGUUAUCACGAUUCAGCAUAGUGCAUGGUAAACACUGUCAGGAUCAAUGGCUCGUCUGGUCAAGCGCCCACGUUAUAUUCGAUGGCUGGUGUCGAAAGUUGCUGUUGGAAGAGAUCGACUAUGCGUAUCACCACAAUGAUAACCCGCCGGAACGGCCGCAGUACAACCGGUUUAUCGAGUACGUCUACGAACUGGAAAAGGACGAAGCAGGUUCCGCGCUUGCGAGGGAACUCGAGGACACAAGGUUCUGUAGUUACUUCACCUUGGACGGCACAAAGGCCCCAGGUAUCACUCACACUUUGUCCCUCGGCAUCGCCUUCCCGGCAACUCUCCCAGCUGAACUCUCCUACCCAACCGUGAUGCUCACAGCUUGGGUAAUCACUGCAGCGCACAUCGAAGAGCAUGACAAUUUUCUGUUCAACAUUCUGUUGGGUGGAAGAGAUGCCGAGUUUACGGGAAUAGACCGGCUCAUGGGCCCUGUAAGCACCACAGCCCCUUUGGCCACCAGCAUCGACCGUGAUUCGACUUUCCGGAAGAACGUGGAAGUUGUACAGAAACGAAUAGACGAAGCUGGAAGUGUGCAGCACUUGGUCCGACUCGGCGAUAAACUGCAUCGGUUGCUGGCGUCUGCCCCCGUUGUCGUUGUCCAUCCUGCCGAAGAUUAUGAAGAAGCAGCAACCAAACACCUCGGAAUAUUCAGAAGCCGCGUUGAAACAGUCCAGCGGUUGGUAGACGCCAUGUUCAUGAACUUUUGCCUCCGGCCUGGCAAUGUCGGGGUAGAUCUUAUCAUGACGAUUGACUCUAGCUUUUUCCCGGAGGAUAAGGCGGUUCGGUAUCUCGGCUAUCUGGAACAAGUCUUCAUGCGUGUCUUUACUCCAGGGGGUCUGGAUCUGACUAUUGGAGAAAUAAACUUGGGUUCUAGUACACCUACGAGUUCUGUGUUGAUAAACACUGAGAUAGCUUGA